UACUUGGCCAGGCUCUAUCUGGAGGAACAAAAACUGAUUAGAGCUCCUAAGAUACAGUUACCAGCAGUUACAUCAACAAAGGGGUUAAAAGUAAGACAGCCCUAUCUUUUUCUUCAGUGGAAGUGUAGCUGUUGAUUUAAAGCUCUCAGUAAAUGAUUGUUGGAGAUCUGCCAUGUGUAGCAGAGCAUUCAGAAAACACACCACAGUCUCUGCUUCCUCCUAAAAGAGCAUUUGUCUGUCAACAUCUCACUUCAGCUGUAGUCUUUUAAGGUGCCAGAAGACAGGCGAAAGUCAUCAGCCAGCGGUCAUGGAAGAUCAGGUCUUUACCAACGUUUAUCAAAAUGUUGAAGACACAAAAACCUAUCAGAUUCCAGACUCUGAGGAAGACAAAAGGGAUAAUCUUUAUGAUCAUGUCUAUGAAGAUUCAGUAUCUCCUUCUUCUGUCAUUACUACCCCAGAGAGCAUGGAUCUUCUGAGUCAAGAGAGCUCAGAAGACAGCUGUAGCAAUUCUGAAGCCUCUCAGCAGGGGGCUGAUGGGGAGGAGGGUUCUUCUUCAUCUCACAAUGGUUCUGGAAAAGACAACUCAUAUCAGGAGGUAGAUCCGAUGAGCCCAACUCUUCAAGAUAAACAUGCAGACGGCAUGAUGUUUGAAAGCAACAUGAAUUUUCCUCCAGAGUUGCAGUUGCGUCGGAGCCAGAGCACUUCUUCCAACUCUUCAAAUUCCCUCAAGUUUCCCAUCAACAAUAACUUUGGAGAAACUGACAACUUUCAAGAAGAUUAUGAGAUUUUCAUGUUUGUAAAGGCUGGUAUAGAUGGAGAAAGCAUUGGGAACUGCCCGUUCUCUCAGCGUCUCUUCAUGAUCCUGUGGCUCAAAGGAGUUGUGUUCAACGUAACCACUGUUGACCUGAAAAGAAAGCCAGCUGACCUACACAAUCUGGCUCCAGGAACACACCCACCUUUCCUGACUUUUAAUGGAGAAGUCAAGACAGAUGUUAACAAGAUUGAGGAAUUCUUGGAAGAGACCCUUGCACCUCCAAAGUACCCCAAGCUGGCUGCUAAGCAUCGGGAAUCAAACACUGCUGGGAUUGAUAUCUUCUCCAAAUUUUCUGCGUACAUCAAAAAUACCAAGCAGCAGGACAACGCAGCCCUGGAAAGAGGCUUGGUGAAAGCUCUGAAGAAGCUGGAUGACUAUCUGAGGACUCCUUUGCCAGAGGAGAUUGAUGCAGACAGCACUGAAGAAGAGAAAGUGUCUAAACGCAAGUUUCUGGAUGGAGAUGACCUGACUCUUGCUGACUGCAACCUUCUGCCCAAACUCCAUGUUGUCAAGAUUGUCACGAAGAAAUACCGCAACUUUGAGUUCCCAACAGAGAUGACAGGGCUGUGGCGGUAUCUGAAGAACGCGUACGCCAGGGAUGAGUUCACCAACACCUGUGCGGCAGACAAAGAAAUCGAGCAAGCCUACGCAGACGUGGCCAAGCGGCUCAGCAAGUCCUAACUAAACUCAGCGGUGGCUUAGCAUCCCCUUUCACAGACUCUUCUCCUUGUUGCCUUAAGAUAUACUUUAUCAUUACGCUAUUUGGUUGGCAUCCCUAUGACUUCACCAGUUCCAGUGUAUUGGUCAGGGACAAAUCUACUUCUCCCUGGAGAAACCAGAAGGCAGCUCUUGCGUGGGGGGUGGAGACCCUUUGGAAUCUGAAUCUAAGAUCUGGCUCAGCUAGUGUUAUUCGCAAUCUGUAUUGAAACGAGUCUGCUUUGCUAGUUUCUUGUUUUAUGUUGGGAGUCUAUCACCUCCUGUGUUUUUUUGAGUUUUAAAAAUAGGAAAUUAUCCGAAAUUUCAAGUAAGAACAUUAGGGACAAAUAAAACCAUUUUUUCUACAGGUUAUUUCAAGGAUGCUUUUCCCCCUUGUCCUUUCCUUCAGGCAGGAGAAACAUGAGAGAGAGAGAGAGGCGAAAAAAAGGAGUUUGACCCUAAAGUAGAAGUGAUCUUAACAGUUUUAUUGUAAAAAAACCACAACCCUCUCUGAAUGCAUGUUCUGUCUGAGCAGGCCCAAGAGCUGAUCGGGUAUUUAUUUUUAACUUGACGCGAGAGGGAAAGCCUGAGUGAAUAUGUCAGACUUGCAGAUGCUCCUUUGCAUAAAAUUUGCAUGAUGCUGUUGGAUUUGAAUGUUUAAAGCUAAAGAGUGAAUGAACAAUUGAGCAGGCAGCGCUUGGAAGAGGGAGGCUCGUGCCAAAAUGCCCAGUGGAUCUGCUAGUUGGUAGGGACACAGACGUCGCAGUAACGGGGCAGCAUAUUGACUCCAGCGACUAUGGAGAGAGCUGGCACAGCUAACCAAACCACAUAGGGUAGUUUCAUCCUGACUGUAUGGUUGCCAGUUCCUUUAUAAUUGCUAUCUUGGGAACCUUGGAUAGGCAGGAGAAAGCUGUCACUGCACAUGAAUUCCAGGCAGGGGAAGCGCUUUCUUUGCCUUGGGCUCCAGAUGGGUCACUUUCAAGCACUCAUCAUCUCACCCCAGGAGAAGUUUGCUCUGAAAGCCUCAAAGAGGGCAGGCUAAAACAGAGAAAGGCACACUUCCAGCCAAAAAUUCACAAGGAUGUUAGCAGAAAUCCAUGUGUAAUGCCUUAGUCCCGCUUCUCCAGUGUUUACUAAUCCAGGCUAUGCGAUUCUGAAUUAAGAUUGUUUUCUAAAACUGAUUAUUUUGUUCUAUCUAUAGCAUCUGCCUGACACGAUCUGCUUUAUGCUAGUGAUUAUUUGCACGUUACUUUAGCAAAUUCAGAAUGACAGCUCUUUUGCGUGGAACAUGUGUCCUGAUAUUUACAACGGUGCACAUGACUCUUGAUUUUCAGUUUGGAGGGAUUUGUCAUUGUUUUCAAAAGUAAAAUAAAGCUGAGCAGAAACUCCAUGUGGCUCCCCUUCUGCUCAGAGCUGCACUGGUUUGAGGGGAACCCCAACCUGGUGAGCUGUGACCAAGGGGAAGCUUGCAGCAGGCUUGUUUGCUGCCACAGAGCUGGAGGACAGGAGACAGCAUUGAAAGCCAGCUUCUGCCAUCUCAUGCCGAUGACAAUCUGAAGCCAACCCACCACUUUGGUGGGAUUAUUCCACUUUUCACGUUAAACCAGCUGGGAACAGAAUGUUGCUUGUCGACUGUGAAGAUAGUUUGUGGUUGACUAUUGUUUCACAUGCGAUGGGCAAUUUGUUCUGAACUUUCCAAAACCUUGGAAGCAAAUCCAUGAACUCCCAAAUCUUCCCCUAGGAUGGGCUGUUUUAACAAUGGCUAGACUGGAGGGUAAAGGCUCGCAGUCUCUAAUAUAUUACUGAGAAAUCAGCUGGCUCAGAGAACACUAAUAGCAGCCAGAAAAAUCUAAUGAGAUUAGAAAUGUCUGUGCAAGAACAUGUGGCUUGUUAAAAACAUUUCUUCAUGAGAUUGGAGUUAUUUGUGAAUUUCUUUUCUUUUUUUUUUUUUAAAUUAAGGCAUCUAUUUAUUUAUUUAUUUAUUUUAAUUGACUCAGUCCUUUCUAUCUUUCUUUCUGAUUUUGUUUUCACUCAGCACGCUGGUGAAGAUGGCUCUGUCUGUUUAGAAAAGUGUUGUUAGCAAUGUUCAGCAAAUCCAUUUCUAGUGAAAACUCUCCUGUCUGGUUAAUUGUCACUGGCAUUUUCAUUGCUUUCGGUGUGAUUUGGCUAGGGGUGUGCUGAUCAACAGAACCUACAUUUUUCUCAGUUGCCUCUUUCCAGGUUUGUACUUCAAUUAACAGCUUUGCUUAAUCAUAGAAUCAUGGAAUCAUAGAAUCACAGAAUGAUUCAGGUUGGAAGGGACCUCAAAGCCCAUCCAGUCCCGCCCCUGCCAUGGGCAGGGACACCUCCCACUGGCCCAGGCUGCUCCAAGCCCCAUCCAACCUGGCCUGGAACCCCUCCAGGGAUGGGGCAGCCACAGCUUCGCUGGGCAACCUGGGCCAGGGCCUCACCACCCUCAGCGUGAAUAAUUCCUUCCUAAUGUCUAAUGUCAAUCUACCCCCCUCCCAAUUUAAAGCCAUUCCCCCUCGUCCUCUCCCUGCACUCCAUGAUCAAAAGACCCUCAGCUUUCUGGGAGCCUCUCAGUACUGGAAGCUGCUCUAAGGUCUCCUUGGAGCCUUCUCUUGAACAACCCCAACUCUCUCAGCCUGUCCUCAUAUCAGAGGUUCUCCAGCCCACAAAUCAUCUCCAUGGCCCCCUCUGAACCUGUUCCAACAUCUCCAUAUCCUCCUUAUGUUGGGGGUUCCAAAACUGGACACGGGAUUCCAGGUGGGGUCUCACAAGAGCAGAGCAGAGGGCAGAAUGCCCUCCCGCGCCUGCUGGCCGCGCUGCUUUUAAUCACACUUGCAGUGAAUCUUUGACUGAAGAUGCAGAUGCAGAUUCUCACUCUGUGCUUAUUAUAUUUAGCUCCUUAAACAAGAUUGUCCAAACCUACAGCUGAUCUCAGUGAACCAGUUUAAGACAUCUGGGCGAAUGAACCGGUUUAAGACAUCUUCCAUCUCUGUAAAUUUUCAUCUCUGUAAAUUUUCUGAAUCCCAGGGUCCUGAAAUGUUCUUAUAGGUCUUACAUUAGUUUUCCUAGAAAAAGGCCAAAACACAGUUGAUCUCAGUGACUUCAAAUCGCAUCUAUUUCUCAGAAAUUAUGUUUAAAACUGGUUAGGCUUAUACCAAAAAGAAAAUAAGCUCUUAGAGCAACAAACUUUUCCUAAGGUGAUUUGCACUGCUUUUAUUAAAAUCUUUUCAGGAUUCCAUUAUAAAAUCUGAAAAUCCCCAAGUUACCUUCCUUUGAAUUAACAAUGCUGCUCUGUAAAUAUCUCUAUUUUUCUAACAACACUCCUAAAAUAUCUCACUAAAAUGUAUUGAUGUAUAUGAGAAAGAAUAAGAGGAAAACUAAAGUAUUUUGUCUGUUCUGUCUGACUUCAAGUGUCACUCUGCUUUCUAAGUUAGCAUUUUACUCAUAGCUCUAUUAUAGACUGAUCUAAGAUUAUGGACAGGUUCAGGCAUUCCCUGACCUUUGUUUGGGUUUGAAAUCCAAACUCAUGGUUUCAGAUCUCUAACUUUCCCUCACCUUUGUAUUUUUUGGCUUUAGCCAGAGUCAGAAGCAGGAAAUACUGGAAAUCCUACAUAGAAUAGUGUUCUGCUAAGAUUUUUUUGACCUCAGUUCUCAAGAAUCAGGAUCCAUCACCAGUGACAUUUUAAAGGGCUCCAGACUUCUUUAAGCAGGGUGUUUUGGGUGACCUCCCAUCGUAUUUAGUAUUAUAAGUAAUAAAUAUUAAUCACACAGGAUUGUAUACCUACGCUGGCAAGGCAGCGCUUCUGAAAAGAAUCUAAGGGACAAGACAGACUUUGCAGAUUUACAAUAACUUUGUUCGAAAAUUGUUUGCAAGAUGUAAAGAAAGGCAUAGCGGAGAAGGGGAAGAAGCCAACAAUGUGGAUUUAAUCAUCUGCAUUUCAGAAAUGCAGACCAAAUGUCUGUAAAGAUGUCCAUUUCAUCCAAACAUUUCUUAGAUAUUUAUUUCAAAGCUCCCUGUUCUGUCAAUCCAACACUCCAUUCAUAUUGGAACUAAUAUUGAUUUUUCUGCUAUUAGCAGUGGAAUGGCAGUGCUAGAGGAUCCCAUUUAUUUGUUACUCUUAUUUUCUCUUAGGCUGUUUGAAUCCCCAGGAGGUCAUCUUGCUGUACAGGUAGGACUAAAGAAGCAUCAGUCUCAGGAUUAUUUAAAUGAGGACUUCUGAUAAACACUGUUUUUCCAAUAGAAAGGAUCAUCUAAUUAUAUCAAUUUAUCAGGUCUAAUGUGGAAUACAGAGCCCCAGGUUGCUCCUAUGGCCACAUAGGGAAGAGGGUUUUAUUGAUCUUGUGGGAUGAAGUCCCAAGGCCACUGCUUGCAGCGCUGCUCCCACCACUGUGCCAGCUGCAAAGGGGAGAAGCAAGAGAGCUCACUUUCUGCAUUGACUGAGUUUUGCUAAUUAUCUCAGUUUAAGGUGAGAUAAUUAGCAAAAAUUUAGGCCGUGGAAAUCCUACUUAUGGCCCAGAAGCACAAGGGAACAUUCCCUUUUUGGAACUAAUUAGUGUUUCCAAGAAAAAAAUAACUAAAGCCUUGUGUCCACCUUCAUGUUUAUUCUUUUAAACACAGAAAAAUUGCUUUUGUUUAUUAUUCUACCAGAUACAUUCAUUAUUCUUGAAUAGCUUUUGAUAUUACGAAAUAAUUUUUCCAGUAAGAUUUUGCUUUUCUGCUGAAUCUUUCAUCUCUUCAUUAAUUUUGAUGUCUGCAAUGACCUAAUAAUUCCAGAGAAGGCAGGAAAGCUGUGAGGCUUGUACGUGCUGAGAAGCUGAAGGAGGUAAUGAUUUUUUUGGAGGAAAUAGUACAAAAGUAUUUUAUUUUAAAAAAUGUGUCUUUUUCAUCUGGGAUCCUUUAACCAAGACUGAUAGACUGUUCAGUCUGGACUGCGAUUUGCAGCACAGACCUGAGCAAGCCACCACAGUUAAGGUGGCUUUGCCUAGGGAUUUCCCCAGGAUAACAAGAGAUGUUCCCUCUGACUCACAAAAUUUCCCAUUUUCUUGAACAGAAGGGAUCUGGUGGUUUGUGCUGGUACUGAACUAUGACAAGCCACUAAGUGCUAGGCAGUGAAAAAAGGGGUCCUGUUCCCUUCUCCUCCCUUGUAGCUCACAUCCAAGGAAAGCAGAAAGCAUUAAUCUGUUUUAUUUCCCUGUCCCACGCCUGAAGCACCACUCCAGCCCUGGGACAGCACAGAAACCUCAUCCAACACUGGUUUUCAAAGCCUAAUCAGUCCAUGUUUUAACCUGUGACAUAAAGGUCUAAAGAGUCCUGUGUGACUCCUCAGGCUCUCACCACGGAGCAUUAGAGAGCUCAGCAGCAGCUCGGAGACGGCAGCAAUCAUUUAUUCCCCUGUUGCCCCUAAUCGUUCCCCUUUCACCAUUUAUUGGUGAGAUGCUAAAGCUGAAAAUACUCCAGAGGAUGCGUUUGAAUGUGGUGUAUUUUGACCUGUGCUCAUCAACUGACCCGCUCUGAAUGCUGACACUGCCGCAGCUCAGCAGGUCGCGCCUCGGUUGCCGAAGGGACAACCCAUUACCCGUUGGAGCGGCAGCGCUUGGGUGGCUGAAGCUGCUCAGCUGGGGAUGGUGCAACCAAGAUGAAAGAUUUCGGUGCCACCUUUUCUCCAGCCCGGCUCUCUCUCUGAAGUGUGUUAGCAGCUCUGCUGGGGCCAUGGCCCAGCGCUAAUGAGCAUUUCUAGCUUGCAGCAUGUGAAUAGAGACUACUCAUGUGUUUAAUGUUAAACAUGUGCUUGCCUGCUUGCCUGGAUGAGGGCCUAAAAGUCAUGACAGAAAAGCCUAUACUAAUGAAGAGCAUUAUUAUUCUCCUUCCUUUGAAAGCCAGUGGUAGAAUUCCCAGUGGGGGAAUUCCCAGUAGGAAUUCCCAGUAGAGCCCAGGGCUACAUAAGCACAAAGAGGUAUCAAGCGUGAAGAUGUCCUUAGAGAAGUGCAAACACUCAAGGAGAAAAGAAAGCAGUGUUAUAUGGAGUCUUCCUACUGAAGCAGGACAGAGAGCCAGCCCUGUCCCAGUGGGAACCGGAGCACUACCAGCGCCGUCAGGUUCUGUUCUGCUUUAUCACCGAGAGAUUUAGGGCAGAGCCGGGACCAGAGCGCGCUGGCAGUUUAGCACCGAGGCGUGUUCUGCUGUACCUCCCACCUCACUCCUUAUGGUCGUAUCCCACAGAUUAAACCGUGCCUCCGUUCUGUCUGCCUCACUCUUAUUAUGAAGCGGCUUUGUUGAAAGAAAACUAAGGGUGGGGAAUUUAUUUUUUUUUUUAUAUGUAUAUACAUGGAGUAAAAACAAUCCAAAUAUGCUUUAAUGGUUCUCAACAUGAUAUUGUCAAUUCUCACCAUAGGGUGGAAUUUGUUGCUUGAAAUUAAAUUAAAUUAAAUUAAAUUAAAUUAAAACAGAAAAGCUUGGCUAUUGCUAAUGGGUACUACUGGGAGCCCUAAAAGCACUUUGCAGUGUAAAACUAUAGCGGGAGUGAACAUCCUUUAAUUCCCAGAAUUGCUUGGGUUUCAUGGGGUCAUUUCAGCGUGUUCUGCUGUACUGCUGAGAAGUUGCUCUUUCUCUGUCUCCCUAGGUCUAUAAACUCUGAAGAAUUUGGGAAACGAUUACAAGCACCACAUUAAUCUUUUUCUUUUUCACUGCCCCCCCCCUUCAUUAAAUUAACUACUUUAGUUUGGAAGCAAGCGCUAAGUAAAUAGAAUUUGCGAACAGCAAAUUUCUCUGCUUUUUCAUUAAGGAAGUUUUUAAGAGCUUCCAGGAAAUGAGCGGUUGUUCCCAGCUUUGGGAAUAAACUGUGGUAUAAAAUACAUGAGGAAGUGUGAUUCUUAUUAAAUAAUUUAAGCAAGAUAAUUGCAGUUAAGGAGCAUGCUUAAAAAAUGACUAAAUGAACAAAAUACUCCAGAAGUUACAAUAGAGAUUUAGGAUUCAGUUACGUUCUCUGUUCUUUCGUGUUUUUUAUUAUUGAUUGGACAUUAUAGAAAAAAUAUAUAUCGACUGUAUUUAGCUGUAUUAUUUAAUUCAAUAGUGCUGUGAAGUGUGUUGGGAGAUAGGUGGCAUAAAGAGGAAAACUCACACCCUGGAAACAGCACUAUUAUUACAGAGUCUUUGAUUUUGUCCCCAUUGGAAUAAACAAGAGACGCACCAUUUAGUUGUGUGGAAGCAGGAUCUCAGCUUCAUAGAUCCAGAUAGUUUGGCAGUCCCUGCAGAGGAUGGAGUAAUUUGCUGUUUAGCAAUCUGAGUCUUGCACAGUGCGUUUCGGAAGGCGUCCAGGACCAUCCUGACGAAUGGAUAGCUUUGCUUGUGAAGGACCGCAGUGAGUCCCCUGCUGUUAUAAAAUGAGAUUAAGCCAUCAUGAGAUGUGGACUGGCCAACCCUGAACCAGACACAUUUGCCUGCAGCGCGGCUGCUAAAUUGGUCUGACAUCAGGAACCGCGGGGUGAGAGCGUGUCCUCCAAAGGGAGUCAAAGCGGCAUCUUUGUCACCAGUCAUUUUCUAUUUAUAAUGACACAGAUCUAUUUUAUAAUCACGGGGAGGCAAAACAGGAGUGGGCUUUGUUCUGCCUAAAUCGCAUUUCUCGUGCGGGUGCGUUUAAGCCCAGCCUUUGGCCCCUUGCCGCACACCACACACACCCAGGGUGGGCAAUUCUGGCACAACAAUGCACACCCUGUCGUGCUUGAAUGCUCAAAGGCUCCUGCGCUGAAGCAAUAAACUCCUGCUAAAUGGCUUAAAAAUGUGCCCUUAAGUGUGCUGAGCUGUCACGCUGCCUCGCUCCUCAUUUCCAAUGCCAUUUUGUGUCUAAGCCUUAGCUUUCAAAUAAACCAGGAAUGUUUGUGUUGUUUAGUGCUGGAAAUUAUUAGGCGUUAUUAAGCAUAAGAAACUGGGGUGAAAAAAACCCAAACCCCAAUUCAAUCCUCUUUCCUAGUGCAAAACUGACUGCUCACACAUGCAACUGUAUUUUCUGAGGCUGUGAAUCAAUUCCCAAUAGGUGAACCUCUACAAAUCCUUGUAGUCAUGAGGACACCCCCUCUUUUUUUUGCCUGGAAAAGUUAUGAUCUGGUAAUCAAUUAAUUUAUUUUUGCAGUGUGACUGGUUUCAGUUCUAAAUCCUGAAAGUCAAAACCAAGCUGCAUAGUGAAAUUUGGGUGUGAAUGGAAAUGUUUUUUUCCUCCAAACCCACUCAUUUUCAAAUCCUGACUCAUUUAGGGUGCAAUCCUGGUUACUUAGAGGGGGGUCAAAGAGAGGAAGGGGAGCCCACUGUGUGUGCUGCUCUCCUUCCACUGAGAGAGUGGAGCAGGAACCACUCUGGUAGUCCUAAGUACGUGGAAAAGUUUUCCAUUUUCAGCGUACAAGCAACUUAUUCAGAGACCUGAAUGGCCCUAAACUGUUGCUUAAAAAUUGGAAUGACGUUACGAAGGAAAAUGUGUGAUAUGAACAAUGACACAAUCAGGCACAGCACCUCUUCAGGACAUGAUGUAGGCAAAAUAUAUCUCAUUUGAAAGGACACUCACAUUUUUAGGUCCUGGCCCAGACGCAGGUACAGGGCUGGGUUUUCUCCACCAAAAUGCAAUUUAUCUGGGAAAUACCUAAGGGCUGUUGGGAUUGCCACCGCCUGAUCUGCUGAGGGAAAUGUCAAAUCAGUAACUCAGGAAAGCAGGAAUGAAGUUUAGACUUGGAUCUGGUAAGCUUCAAAGAGAAGUCAUUUAUUUGUAAACAACUAUUUUAUAGUGGUUGGCAGCGAAAAUUAAUUGUGCAUUUCAGAGUCUCCAUUGGGUAAGAAAGACAGGAUAAAAUCCUUCACAUAUUUGUGACUUCAAGUUGAGGCGCACGGGUAAUUUUAGAUUAGAUUGUAGCUUUUUCGGUAGGAAAUAUAUAUUUCUUUCCUGUAUGUGCAGCUCCUAACGCAAUAGGAGCCUGAUUAGAGCCUUCGUGUGCUGCUCUAACCCUUGUAAUAUAAUAAUAGAAAAGAUAUAAUUAAAAUAUCAUUGCAGUUUACCUUUAUUAUUAUGAUUUUGCGGCUGUACUCUGUCAACUGUGAAUAAAAUAGAUGUCUUUUUUUGUAUAAUAGGUAGUAUAUUUUAUUAUUGAAGAAACAGUUAAAUUUAAUUUUGAAAAACAAAAAAGUAUCUGGUCAUUGUUUCAUUUUAAGCUUUUGGGUAAAUGAACAAACAUUUCUUUUGUAUCCUCCAAAGGAGUAUGUGUUAAAUGAAGAAAUCCACCUUCCUGAACUGGAGCUGUUUAUAAUCUUGUAUUCCAAGAGUGAUUAACACCUGAUCAUUUGAAUAAAAGUGGUUUAUUUUCUCA